AGGGAAAAAUAAUGGCGGCUCUUGUUAUGGAAUGGGAUAGUGCAUGCAUCAGAUAAGUCUUCAAAACAUUUUUGUGAUAAAUCUUUCCGAAAAAAAUCCGUUAGAAUAACCAAGGUGUCAACGUAACAAGUCAGAAUGGCCCACCGAUACCUCCGCUUGUCAAGAGGCGGCAGGAAUCUAUUACAAAUGUUGCAGCCUCAUAACAUCAGAACAACUAACGUUAGCUGUGCACGACUGGUCUCCAGCCAAGCAGACAGCCAGAUAGUACAUGAAAGGAGGACACUGUUUGAACAUGUAUUAGGUGCCUAUCAAAGACUCUGCUCCAAACCACCAAAAGGAUUUGAAAAAUAUUUCCCCAAUGGUCCGAAGAAUGCUCAGAAGAAUGCUCCGAAGAGCAGUGAACCCAACCCAACCAGUGGAGAAGCCAAAGAGGCCAAGCCAACAACCAAUGCACAGAAGGCCACUGGUAGAUCUAGUGGAGGAGGAGGAGGUGGUGGAGGAGGUGGUGGUGCCUCGGGCGGAGGAGGAAAAAGAUCCAGGAAGGAUGAGUCCCAUUGGUAUAGCCGGCUUCAAAAGGGUGACGUGCCGUGGGACGACAAGGAGUUCCGUAUGUACUUCCUGAGUGGUGCCGCGUUUUGGACCACGGUCACGUACUACUUCUUUUUACGGGAAGGCGGGAGAGAGGUCACUUGGAAAGACUUUGUCAAUAACUACCUCUCGAAAGAAGUCGUUGAUAGAUUGGAGGUAGUAAACAAGCGUUAUGUGAAAGUGGUAUUUACACCCGGAAAGACUCCAGUUGAUGGACAAUACGUGUGGUUCAACAUCGGCAGCGUGGACACGUUUGAGCGGAACCUAGAGACAGCUCAGUAUGAGAUGGGUAUCGAGGGGGAGAACCGUCUGCCAGUGGUGUACUCGGCUGAAAGCGACGGGUCGUUCCUGCUCAGCAUGCUGCCCACCGUGCUCAUCAUCGGCUUCCUGCUCUUCAUGCUGCGGCGGGGGCCAGCGGGAGCGGGCCGACCGGGCGGCCGGGGCAUGGGCGGACUAUUCAGUGUCAGCGAGACCACGGCCAAGGUGCUGCGUGACGAGAUCGACGUUAAGUUCAAGGACGUGGCGGGCUGCGAGGAGGCCAAGCUGGAGAUCAUGGAGUUUGUCAACUUCCUCAAGAACCCCAAGCAGUACCAGGACCUGGGCGCCAAGAUCCCCAAGGGGGCCAUCCUGACGGGACCCCCUGGCACAGGGAAGACCCUGCUGGCCAAGGCCACUGCCGGAGAGGCCGACGUCCCCUUUAUCACCGUCAACGGCUCAGAGUUCCUGGAGAUGUUUGUGGGUGUGGGCCCCGCCAGGGUCCGAGAUCUGUUUGUCAUGGCCCGUAAGAACGCCCCUUGCAUCCUCUUCAUCGACGAGAUUGACGCCGUGGGGCGCAAGCGAGGCAGAGGGAACUUUGGUGGCCAGAGUGAGCAGGAAAACACCCUCAAUCAGCUGCUGGUCGAGAUGGAUGGGUUCAACACAGCGACCAAUGUAGUAGUGCUAGCCGGUACCAACAGACCUGAUAUCCUGGACCCUGCACUGAUGAGGCCCGGACGCUUUGACAGACAGAUUUACAUUGGUCAUCCUGACAUUAAAGGCAGAUCGUCCAUAUUUAAAGUGCACUUGAGGCCUUUGAAAAUGGAUACAGAGAUGGACAAAGAAGCUCUCGCCAGGAAAAUGGCUGCCCUCACCCCGGGCUUCUCAGGUGCUGAUAUUGCCAAUGUGUGCAACGAAGCCGCCCUGAUUGCUGCUCGCCACCUAGCGGACUCCAUCAACCACAAGCACUUUGAGCAGGCCAUUGAACGUGUGAUCGGAGGUCUGGAGAAGAAGACUCAGGUCCUGCAGCCUGAGGAGAAGAAGACUGUAGCUUACCACGAGGCAGGGCAUGCUGUGGCAGGCUGGUACCUGGAGCACGCUGACCCUCUGCUUAAGGUAUCCAUCAUCCCCAGGGGCAAAGGGUUGGGCUACGCCCAGUACCUGCCCAAGGAGCAGUACCUAUACACCAAGGAGCAGCUGCUGGACAGGAUGUGCAUGACGCUGGGUGGCCGCGUGUCCGAGGAGAUCUUCUUCGGCCGCAUCACCACGGGGGCUCAGGACGACCUCAGGAAGGUCACCCAGAGCGCGUACGCCCAGAUCGUGCAGUUUGGCAUGAACGACAAGGUGGGCCAGGUGUCCUUCGACUUGCCCCGGCAAGGCGAGAUGACCCUCGAGAAGCCAUACAGCGAGGCCACGGCUCGCCUCAUCGACACGGAGGUACGCAAUCUCAUCCGAGAGGCCUACGAGCGCACUCACACUCUACUGGCCGAGAAGAAAGCCGACGUGGAGAAGGUGGCGCAGCGUCUGCUGGAGAAGGAAGUCCUGGACAAGAAGGACAUGGUGGAGAUGCUGGGGUUGCGGCCGUUCGCUGAGAAGUCCACCUACGAGGAGUUUGUGGAGGGCACGGGGGGUAUGGAUGAGGACACAUCCCUGCCUGAGGGCCUGAAGGACUGGAACAAAGAGCGUGACAAGGACAAGGAGGAAAGCACAGAGGAGCAGGUAGCCCGACAGAUCUCCGGAGGGAUGCCCUUCUAACGGGGACUGCUUGGCCUCACCAAGGGUUGUUUUUUUUAGUAUGUGGCUGUACUGAGAUUAGAACAGGUUGGUGUUAGAACGUAUCCUGUGGAAGGACCUCGGUAAGCCCCGCCUAAACGUUACUUCGACUGAACCAUGCCCAGGAUCCCUCUGAUUGGUCAGUUGCGUCCUUUGCAAUGGUCAUGGGCGUAUUCAGCGAGAUGAAACAUUCUGAACGUUGCAGAUAUAAAUGUCACAGGAGUUAAAGUUCUGUCAUUGAUGAGGUUUGAGUAAAAAAAAAAUACAUGAAAUCUUUUUCUUUUGGGGGGGGUAUUAUUUAGGGUAAAGGAUAUGCUCCAGGCCACUUGAACAUCUAAAACUAGAAACUAUGUAGAAUUGACCUUUUUCUGGCCCUCAAAAUCGAUUUUCACCAACGAAUCGGUCAUAAAAUAAAAUCUGUGCGGCCCUCAGUUAAAUUUCAAAAUCCCGACGUGGCCCUCGAGCCAAAAGGUUUUCCUGCCAAUCUAAGAUCGACUUAAGUUGCAGUCAUGAUUUUCUGUUGUUGGUGAUUUUUAACCCGCGUCAUAAAUAAAGUUAUGUAUUCCCUAUUCUACAUGGGGAAUAAGCGUAUCUGUUCACCAACUAAAAUAUUUGAGCGCUCAACAUCCUUUUCUCCCGCUCCACAAAAAAAAAACGCUCCGCACUCGCAGGAAGAAAAAAAAAAAACUGCCACUCCAAAUUCACUGCAUUUAUGUUUUGUUUAAAACGAUAAUUUAACUAAUACCCCAUCUACUUUUGUGACUAUGUACCAUUUGGUUUUGAAGUAGGCUUUCGUAAGAAGCUUAAAUAUUUCAACAUGUCGUAGGUUACCGAACAAGGACCUACCUGCUGAUAUGCAGCCGCUGUGUGUAAAAAAAAACACUCACUUUUUUGAUGAUCAGAUAGGCUACUUCAGCUGUAACCGUGGCUCUGUAGCGCUCACAUUUUACAGUUGAUUGACAACUUCAGCACUGUUAAAUAGACUCCUCCUUUCUUUUAACAACGGCCUAUAUAAACAUCUAAACCUCUCCGUUGCUGCUGCAUGGGCUCAUUCGUUGUCUUGCCCUCAUCGGUUACACAGGCUGUGAACUAUUUCUUUGUUGACUCGUAUCAAACAUCUCUGCUCGUUAGUGGUGGGUUAGGCUAAAUAAAUACAACAGAAUAGGCCUCAUUUCAAAUAAGUUGUGAAAGAAAUUUUAAAAUGCUGCCCAGAGCUCGUGACUGAGCGGUACCAGGGCGAGAGAGAGAGAGGGCGAGAGGGAGAGGUCUACUCCUCGCUACAUUUCCGUUCACAUCCUCUGUUUUUACACAGUACAUUUCUUUCUAGAUGUUCUGUAACUCCACCGAUCCUGAACAGGCCCCAGAGAUACUGACUAUAUAGUGUCCUUUUCUGGGGAUAGGAUGGAAGCACUGCCCUUGAUCUUCUGCUUUGAGGCCCCCUUGAGUGUGGGACACUGGAGGAGUGGGGCUUUAGAAGACUGGGUGAAAAUUGAGAGGUUUUUAUAAACUUCUCAACCCAGCCAGUAUUUAAUUAUGGACUACUUCAAUUACAAAAAUCUAGAAUCCACCGUUGAUGUCUGGCUUUGUAAAGAACGUUCACCAAAGUGUAGCUUGGGGUUGUUUCCUUGUUUGGAAAAGAGAUUUGUACAUGAGACGUCAAGCCAAGGUUGCUGUAUAGAUUUUGAGUAGAUAACCAAAAGUAACGCAAAAAGUCUUACAAUGACUUUGAAAUACUCCCAGUAGUACAUGAAAUGUUAGAAAAAAACGAAUGAUGUUCAGGAAAUAAAGAAAUUAUGCUUGAAACCCCCCCUAUUAAUCUUUGCUUCUGUGAAGUGGAGUCAAACUCAAACCUAAUGAAAUAUGUGAAGAUUAAAUGUCUUCACUUUCAUCCAAUUCGUAUUCAUAUUAAAAAAAACAGACCAGGCUGAUGAGUGGGUAAUGAAAACAUGCAACUGAAACCAAGGUUAGGACGGGUAAAUGACAAAGUGCACACAAUGCAUAAAGAAGACACUGCAGAAAGAUAUUACAUACACACUGGAGAAAAAAAUACUUUAUUUUAUGCAUAACUCAGACCUGCCAACUGGGAAAAAAAUACUUUAUUUUAUGCAUAACUCAGACCUGCCAACCUGCACGCAUUUUGCGUACCAUGCACGCAAUCGAAGGUCAAAGUAUGCUGGUAUGAAAAAAACGACCCUAAAAUAUGCAAAAAUAGGCUUCUAGUUGGUUGGCACAUUGUGGUUUUUUGACUCAAUCGUCUGAAGUUGGAGCUGAGCCAAUCAGAGGACUUGGGCGGCGAGGAGAAAAAAAAUCUCUAGCUCUCCGCUCCGGCCCGCCCCCCGUAGUCGUAGCACAGACAGAAGGGAAAACCCAGACACGUCACGGGCUGGAAAGCUGAAGCAUUUGUUUAGAAUGUUUUCUCACCACCAAAUAUAGUAGUGUGAG